UGCUCUUCACAAUGGAGGACAAUUUAUAACAUUUUAGCAAAAUAUAAACAAUAGUAAAAUGAACGUGAUAUAACUCUAAUUUUCAGGCGGUCUGCAAGAAACAGAGUCAUCACUGAAAAUGAACAAAGGCUGGCUCGAACUAGAAAGCGAUCCAGGGUUGUUUACAUUGCUGUUGCAAGAUUUUGGUGUGAAGGGAGUCCAAGUUGAAGAGAUUUACGACUUACAGAAAUCAUUUGAGGGGACAACCUAUGGUUUUAUAUUUCUGUUUCGAUGGAUCGAGGAAAGGCGCUCGCGCAGGAAGACAACCACGGAUGAGGAGAGUUUUGUCACAGACAGCGAUAUCGUCAACAAUAUCUUCUUUGCCCAGCAGAUGAUCCCGAACUCAUGUGCGACACACGCCCUGCUUAGUGUGCUACUGAACUGUGAGAAAGUGAGUCUUGGGGAAACGCUCGCCAACCUGAAGGCAGACAGCACAAAUAUGAACCCAGAGAACAAAGGUUAUGCCAUAGGAAAUAUACCAGAAUUGGCCAGAGCCCACAAUAACCAUGCAAGACGAGAGUCUUGCCAGUUGCCGGAGAAGCAGCAGGGUAUGACUGUGCGUACGAUGGAGGCCUUCCACUUCGUUAGCUACGUGCCAAUACAUGGGCGGCUCUUUGAACUAGAUGGUCUGAAGCCCUACCCCAUAGACCAUGGUCCAUGGGACAAGAAUGAAGACUGGACAGAAAAGUUCAGACGAGUGAUCUCAGAGCGCCUUGGCAUGGCCACUGGAGGUGAGCCGUACCACGAUAUUCGGUUCAACUUGAUGGCAGUUGUCCCAGACAAGGUCAGCCUCUAUGAACACAAACUGAGCACCCUGAAGACAAACAGACAGAUAGUACUUGAGGCCUUACAACAGAUGGUCAAAGUGACCUCACCAGGAAUAACAGUUGCUGAGAAGGAAAAGUGUCUUGCCGCAGUGAAAAAGAGGAAUCCUCAAGCUGCGGUUGCCAUGGAAAUCUGUGUUGAGGGGAAACCAGAUGGCUCUUGUCAUACUGACAUGGCGCUCGGGGGUGAAGUCAAGCCAAACAUUAUUGACCUGACAGCCGAGGAUGGCCUAGGGAUCACUGGUGGUGCUAGUUCUCAAACACAAAUGUGUUCAAACACACUCCCUGCUGGCAGGGCCGUUGUGAAAUCGGAAUCUCAGACUGUUACACUUAGCGAACAUGUUCCUGGUAACCAGUCUGGGUUUUUCACUGAAAGUGUUCAGACAAGGAUAGAGGAGAGGAUGGAUGUUCAGAUCUCAGUUGCCAUGGAGACAGGCUUGUCCACAAUAGUUCCCACCACAGCAUCCACAUCUGAUGUGACCAAACCACUUACCAUAGAGACAAGGUUUACAGGUUCCCCAGGGCCUAGCAGUGAGAGUACGGACACAGCGUCGGAGGUAGGCAGUUGUUUCAGCUCCCCUAGCAGCAGUACAGCAGGGACCUCCACACAGAACAGCCCAAACGUAUCCGGGGCAGAGAAACCAGAUGGUAGCCCAAGAGUGAAAUCAGAAGACGACUCCACAAGUUCCUCCAGACACAAGACCAAACUACACAGUCAGCAUGGCUUCAGACCAAAGGAUCUCAUUGCGUUGUUGAAAAAUGUGGAAAAUGAAAUUAAAAUCUGUGAAACAAAGCUGCAAGAUGAACAGGAAAAGAUCAAGAAAUACAAGAUUGACAACUGCCGUCGUACCCACAACUACGACCAGUUCCUGUGCACUUUUCUGUCGAUGUUGGCCCAACAGGGGCACCUGGCAGAGCUGGUCCAGCAGCACAGCCUCAUCAAGAAACGUAUCCCUGCACACAUUGCACAGGCUGCAAAACUCACACAGGCCGCAAAGAAAAAGAAGAAAACUAAACGCCGGAAAUGAAGUCCAAUACCGAAGACCAGUAUUUGAUAGCUUAUGCCAUCCUUAGAACAGUAUUUUUAUACAGUGACCUGACCCAGACUAUAUUAGUGGGUAAUAUGGUAGGGAAUAAUGAGAACAUUAGUGAGGGUACAAAAAAUAUAUCCCAAGUUCAAGGAUUUCAUUUAAAAUUCACAUCAUUGUCACAAAUUGCAUUAAAACAUUUAUAUGAAUUAAGUCUGGAUAGCUCCGAGGUAAUGCUUCGGGAAUGUUCCUGUGGCCUCUCUCCUGGACACUUAGUGCUGGUGAGUUUGACCCAGGAAGUGGGCUCGACCUCAAGAAAUUGGUAUUAACUAAACCUUUUAUUCAUAAAAUUAAAUAAUCUUGGUUUAAACUCGUGUAAACUUUUAUUUUUUUAAUUAAGUAUUAAAAAGAGAAUUACUUUUCAGAAAUACUGAUUCCAAAAAGCAUUCUCACUAUAUGUUGGUUAAUAAGCAGGGGUUCAGAUUUAAUGACUAAGUAAUCAAACAACAGAAUAGUAUAAGUAUACUGCAAUAAACAAUGUUUGACUAUUUCAGGGGUAAAAAAUGGUAGGUGGGGGCAUUUACAGUUGGCCUUUUGUCCAUGGUAUAAAGCAUAAACUUAAUUUGCUACCAUUUCAUAUUUGCAAAAACUAGUGAAGAGCCAUACAUGGACUUGCCAGGACUAAAUAAAUGUCUUUAAUUUUCUCAUGACUUAUUUUGAAUUAAUGAAUUUUAUUGCGUGUUGUCUAAAAUGGUGAUAAUGACAACUGUCCGAAUAUUACUCUAUUAAAUAUUGCUUAUAGUUAGUGAAAAGUUUACGACUUAAUCUGUUUUCUCUUUACCUAUGAUGUAAAAAAUAUCAGGUAAACAUUUGCAAAAUGUGUCUUAUUUGACUUGAUAUGUCAAAGAUUUUAAUUGAAGUUUUACGACAUUUUUCCAUUUGCUGACAAUUCUGAAUGAACAUUUCAUGUACGAUGAUAUGUUGUGUUUCUGUUAACAUGCUGUGGAACAAGAGUGAAAGAUAGACGUUGAGCUUUGUUCUUUUGUGAAACAUACAUCUAUGUUCACAUUGUCAGUACCUUUUGAUAUAAGUUAUGCAUUGUAGUCUGAAAGCAAGAACACUGAAUGACUUAAGUCUUAUACUAAAAAAAAGUAGAGCUCAAGUCAUACACUGAAUGACUGUAGAGCUCUUGUCAUGCACUGAAAUAUUGUAGAGUUCUUGUUGUGUAAUGAAUGGUUGUAGAGCUAUAUUUGUACAUUGUUUUGAUGUAGAGCUCUAACAUAAGUCACACACUGAAUGAUUGUAGAGCUCUUUUCAUACAUUGAAAGAUUGUAGAGCUCUAGUCAUACACUGAAUGAUUUAUGAGCUCUAGUCAUACACUGAAUGAUUGAUGAGCUCUAACAUAAGUGACACACUGAAUGAUUGUAGAGCUCUGUUCAUACAUUGAAUGAUUGUAGAGCUCUAGUCAUACAUUGAAUGAUUGUAGAGCUCUAGUCAUACACUGAAUGAUUGAAGAGCUCUAACAUAAGUGACACACUGAAUGAUUGUAGAGUUAUUUUUAUACACUGAAUGAUUGUAGAGCUCUAGUCAUACAGUGAAUGAUUGUAGAGCUCUAGUCAUACAGUGCAUGAUUGUAGAGCUCUAGUCAUACACUGAAUGAUUGUAGAGCUCAUUUCAUACACUGGAUGAUUGUAGAGCUCAUUUCUAGAUUGACUGAGUGAUUGUAGAGCUCAUUUCGUACACUGAAUGAUUGUAGAGCUCAUUUCAUACACUGAAUGAUUGUAGAACUUAUUUCAUACACUGACUGAGUGAUUGUAGAGCUCAUUUCAUACACUGAAUGAUUGUAGAGCUCAUUUCAUACAUUGACUAAUUGACUGUAGAGCUCAUUUCAUACACUGAAUGAUUGUAGAGCUCAUUUCAUACACUGAAUGAUUGUAGAGCUCAUUUCAUAUUCUGAGUGAUUGUACAGCUCUAGUCGUACACUGAACGAUUGUAGAGCUCAUUUCAUACAUUGACUGAGUGAUUGUAGAGCUAUAUUCGUAUACUGAAUAACAUACUGUAGAGCUCUUUUGUAAAUAUUUUGGAUUAAUCUGCAAUGGAUACAUUGGAUAUUUCUUGUCAUACACAACACUGCCUUUUGUUACAAAUCAUUAUUUUUUAUGUCGUUGCUGUUAUUGUAAUAAAUUGACUGCUGAAA